UUAUAUAAUAUUUGAGCUUGUUGUUGUUGCUGGCAUGCCAUAAAUAUUUGCACUUCACUUCACAACUGUUUUGCAAAUCAAGGAAAGGGUAUUUGCCUGAAGGUCAGACAACAGCUGUGGCGAUUCCAUGCGAAUAGACUAUCGGUCUACAACAGUUGUAGGCGGGAUGGCCAAUGAACCAGGCCAACAAACAAGCAGGCAGCAACAUCAUCUGCUGCCCGACGACGACGACGACGACGAUGACGAUGAUGUCGAUGUCGAUCAUCAGCCACUUAGAUGGAGGCGCAUUGCAAAGCAAGGCGCAGGCAAUCGUCGCGACAGUCUUCUAAAGCCAGUCCGCAAAGUUGGCCAACCAAACAGGCAAACAGCCAAGCAACCAAACAGCUAAGCAACCAGCCAAGCAAGCAACCAUCUAGCCAACUAACGUGGCCUCCAUGCGCCUAAUUGAUGUGACACUUGCGUGUGCAUCUAUGGACGCAUUUGCUUAGAUACUCGAAUUCGUAUCUUUGGAUUGCACCUUGGGACAAAUUGAGUGUGCGAAGUGCAAAUGCAAAUACCAUUCUAUAUAGUCAAAAUGUAAGGUUCUAUGGUAUAGAAUAGAAUGUGUUGAAUGAACUUUUGAU